UGUUAAAAGCAGUCAAUGAAAAUUAUUGGAAUAUAUUAUAUAUUUUAAAUAAUUUUUUCAAUAACAAUUUCACUGUGUCUGUGAAAGUCUGUGUUAAAAUGUCCACCUCUGGGAAAAUUCUUAACGCAUUGAAAAUGAAUGCCAAACAUGCUGAUGAGACCAUUGCUAUGUUAAAACGGCAACUAUCUUUAUUGGAGACAGAGGCUAAUAGUGAUAGAGUUCAGGCAUUCUUUGAGACACAAAAAAAGGAAUUACGGAAGGAAAAUGAAGUGUUGAGACAAAAAGUUGAAUGCCUAAAAAAACAAUUAGAGAAAGCUGAAAUGCGAAAUGGAUUGAAAAUUGUUCCUUUGCCUUGUGUUAAAGAAGAAAUAGUUCCUGUUAAGCCUAACCAAGUUCCUGCCGCAGUUCAAGUGAGUGAGAAACCUGCAACAAUUAAAGAUGAAAAACCAGCAGCCCCAAAGAAGAAAGCAGGAAAGAAAGGAAAGACUGGUGCAAAUUCUAAUGUUACUGCUGGAGAGAGUGUUGGAGAGAAAGUGGAUGUAUCACGGCUAGACUUGAGAGUUGGUAAGAUCAUCAAAGUGCAAAAACAUCCUGAUGCUGAUACACUUUACUUGGAGGAAAUUGAUGUUGGUGAAGAAAAACCUCGCACUGUUGUCAGUGGCCUUGUUAAACACAUUCCAAUUGAAAAGAUGCAGGAUCGUUUCGUGAUGACUUUAUGUAACUUGAAACCAGCAAAAAUGCGAGGAGUCUUUUCUCAAGCGAUGGUCAUGUGUGCCAGCUCGCCUGAACUUGUGGAAAUCCUUGAUCCACCUUCCGGAUCUGUACCUGGAGAUAAAGUUGUCUGUGAGGGAUACCCUGGAACACCAGAUGAACAGCUGAAUCCAAAGAAAAAGAUUUUUGAGAAAAUUCAACCUGACCUCCAUACAGAUGGAGAUGGUGUUGCGAAAUACAAAGGUUCGCCUUUUGUUGUCGUUGGAAAGGAAGGAUAUUUCAAAUCACAAACAAUGAAAAAUUCUGGCAUAAAGUAGAUAAUACGUAGGACUAUAUAUUGAAAAUAGAACGUAUUAUUUCCAAAGGAGAAUUACUAAAUACAAUGGUAAGCUGAAAGUUAUGUUGGUGUGUAAUCUCUCUUCGU